AUGGAGAUGGAUGAGCUGUCUGUUCCGGAGAAUAAAUCGUCUGAAGCAGCAGAGGACAAGAUUGCCUUCGAGGGCAUGAGCGGCAGAAAGAUGCAUAACUUUCGUCGGAAGCAGCAAUGGGUAGCCGAGAACGACCUCCGCCGAGCCAAUAAAAAUCGAGAGAGGAAGCGCCAGCUCUCAGGUCUUCAAGCUCAACUUCCAUCCAGCGUUCAGCCGGAAGUUCGUCCGUUCCUUAAGACCACCAAGGCUAUGGUUCUACUCACCGGUACGAUCAAGCAGGCUUUCUCCGUCGGUUUCAAGUUUACGGAAGAAGACUUCCUUCCCAACGACAAGGCAGAAAGUCUUGUCGAAGCUCUCUGUCUUCAGGGCACCCAUAGCCUCGACAGCAUCCGGAUCCAGGCCUUUGUCACUCGACUCUUCAGAUCAGCCAGGAGCCAUCGUUCCGGCUACAUCCUCAACGACGACGUCCACGAGGUGAAGAACCAAGGAUUCUAUCAGACCGUUGCGGAUGAGAUCAAGGCCAAAGGAAUUGUCGGCGGCGGUCUUACCCCAUCUUCCCACAAUAUCGAUGUCUCUCCCAAGGCCUGCCAGGCUAUGCACGAGCUCUUCGUCAACGGCCGCAAGGCUUACCUUCGCGAUUUGGUUGAGAGCGAUGAGAUGAAGGAGGGAGCAUAUACCAAGAAGAUGAAGGAGCUCAUCGAAGCCGUCGAUUACUGGAUGAGAUACCUCGACAAGUACCAGGAGAAACGCCAGGGUGGUGUUGGGGAGGACAAUGAGAUGUUCACUGUCUUCAACGACGUGGCUCUCUGA